AUGGUGCCUUGGAGGCAAGAGAGUGCACAAUCCAUGCCAGGUGCUCCCAUGCCACCACCAACUAACAGAAGCAGAACUGGUCGCCCACACUCCAAUUUUACAGCAGAACAGAUACAAUUAUUUUUGGAUCUUGGUCUUAAUUGGCAAGGAAUAGCCUCGUUAUUUGGGAUUGGGGACGGACUUUGUACCGCCAUCGACAACGCCUGGAACCUACUGUCGAACAUCAGACACAUAUUGGAAAGCACACCGAAUGCUGGCGAGACUUAUAUACGGGCCAGCCUGAGCCACAUGGGUAUUCAUAUUCAGCACAGGCGAGUUCGAGAAGCUUUACAUACAAUUGAUCCAAUUGGACAAAGUGUACGUCAUCGACAGGCCAUUCGGACCUACAAUGUUCGUGGUCCGAAUGAGUUAUGCAGAUAA